GAUUUGACCAGAGAGCUCUUCCUUUCCCUUCUCCAGAUAUUUGUUCUGUGUGUUCCUGUAUUUUCUGAGCCUGGCUUUUCGAGCUGUAGCUUUGCAUUUCUCACUCAGUUUAAAACCUGUGUGUAGUUUGUUUUGGGUCUUUGUGAUACAGUUGCAUCUGUGUGGCUCAGGAGCCACUUCCUGGAGUAACAAUUUAGUAAGUCUUUCGCUGAGGUUGAAUAUGAAAUAAUUUGAACGUUAAUCAGUAAUAUCUCAUUCUCUUUAGAUAUAAGGAAGGAGUUCUUCCCCAUGAGGGUGGUGAGGCACUGGAGCAGGAUGCCCAGAGCAGCUGUGGAUGCCCCAUCCCUGGGAGUGUCGAAGGCCAGGCUGGUGGAAACUGUCCCUGCCCGUGGUUUGGGUUGGAACUAAAUGAUCUUUAAGGUCUCUUCCAAGCCAAACCGUUCAGUGAUCUUAACUGAUGCUCAAUUCCGUGGUAAAACAGAUUUUAAAGAAGCUGUUAGAGGUGUAUGUGUGUGGUAAUUAUUAGGAUGGUCAUGCAAAUCUUCUGCUAUACAAAAGAAAGUGGUGUUGAAUGUACAAGGAGAGAGCAGUUAUAAGAAAAUGAAAUGUUUGCCUAUAUCUAUUGGCAUGGAAGAUAGAAGCAGCUCAGCUGUUCAGGCAGAAUAUUCAUGUAAUGCAAAUGUUCUUUUUGAUCUAGCACUCUAAAAUAUUAUUUCUACAUUAUUUGGGAAUGUUAGAUUGCAGUCGUUGUUCUCACUCUCUGUUGGCUUCAGUGUUUCUGAUGUUCUUGUUGAAUCUAGCUACAUAGGAUAAUUCUGGUUUUUAAUUAUUAAAAAACCCAACAAAACCAAACUAAAAAACAGCUGAAAGGGGGGAAAAAUGUGCAUUGAUUAUUGACAACGAUCUGUUACAUAAUUCACAUACAUGGGAAUAUAUAUUCCAUCUGGCAGUUGUUACGGAAAUCACGUGUGUGAACUAUGUAUUUUCUUUCCUGACUAGUUAUUUUGACAACUUGCAGACUCUUCAAAUUAGCAUGAAGUAACAGAGGACCAGCUGCUGUUGAGAGGGGAUAUAUUGUAAAUGAAAACAGAGUAACUCUGGAAACUUGGAACUGUUUAUUCUGUCAUUCUUUUAGAAUAUACUUCUGGAUUUUUAAGGUUUCUAAAAGUAUGUUUGAAUUGAGGUAUUAUCACUGGAUGAAUAUCUGUUGUUGCUGGAAGGAAAAAAAUACUAGUGUCAAAUCAAAGGAUAAAACAUUUGGUCUAAAGAAUAAAAAAGGUGCAAAGCAACAGAAAUUUAUCAAGGCCGUGACUCACCAGGUUAAAUUCGGUCAGCAAAAUCCACGUCAGGCUGCUCAGACAGAAAGUGAGAAGAAAUUAAAAAAAGAAGAUAAGAAGAAAGAAUUACAAGAAUUAAAUGAACUCUUCAAGCCUGUAGUUGCUGCACAGAAAAUUAGCAAAGGUGCUGACCCCAAAUCUGUGGUUUGCGCUUUCUUCAAGCAAGGACAAUGCACUAAAGGAGACAAAUGCAAGUUUUCUCAUGAUCUGUCUUUGGAAAGAAAGUGUGAAAAACGAAGUGUCUACAUUGAUGCAAGAGAUGAAGACCUUGAAAAAGAUACAAUGGAUAACUGGGAUGAGAAAAAGCUGGAAGAAGUGGUGAACAAGAAGCAUGGUGAGGCGGAAAAGAAAAAACCCAAAACUCAAAUAGUCUGCAAAUAUUUCCUUGAUGCUAUUGAAAACAACAAAUAUGGUUGGUUCUGGGUCUGUCCAGGCGGAGGAGACAACUGCAUGUAUCGCCAUGCUCUCCCUCCAGGUUUUGUAUUAAAAAAAGACAAAAAGAAGGAGGAAAAGCAAGAUGAAAUUUCUUUAGAAGAUCUAAUAGAAAAAGAGCGUGCUGCCUUAGGACCAAAUGUUACCAAAAUUACCCUAGAGUGUUUUCUUGCAUGGAAGAGAAGAAAAAGACAAGAAAAAAUUGAUAAGGCUGAGCAAGAUAUGGAAAGGAGAAAAGCAGAUUUUAAAGCUGGCAAAGCAUUGGUGAUUAGUGGACGUGAAGUAUUUGAGUUCCGACCAGAGUUGGUUGAUGCUGAUGACGAAGAAGCAGAUGACACCCGUUAUAUUCAAGGAACGGGAGAUGAUGAUGAGGUGGAAGACCCUGUCUGCAUAAAUGAUGUAGAUUUGAACCUCUAUGUCCCAAAGGCUGUAGAUGAGACUGGUAUUACUGUGGCCAGUCCUGAGCGAUUCAGCACAUACGGUUUCCUGGAAAAAGACGAUAAUAAAUUAAGUGAAGCCUCUGGUGGCGAUAUAAACAGCAGUGAGCAAAAUGAUUUAGAGGAAGAUAAUGAUGGAGAUGGGGAGUUGGAAAAUGGAGUAAUUGAUGCAGUUCCAGUUGAUGAAAAUCUUUUUACUGGCGAGGACUUGGAUGAACUAGAAGAAGAACUAAACACUCUUGAUUUAGAAGAAUGAAUUUAAAAGCUCAAGUGACAAGUUAAAUCCAUGUGAUAUAGUGAAAACUGACUACGUUUUUUUCUCCUUCUUGAAUAGAAUUCUUAAACAGGAUGUUUAUGGUUAUCCAGCUGAUUCUGAUGGGCACGUCAUGUACCAGGAAUCUUUUCCUUCAGUCUCAUCUACUCCAGUCUUGACUAUGCUCACAGUAAAAUAUUCAGAUUAGCUCAGAAUUACCUGCCAGCUGAAUUUGCAGAAAAUGAGAUUGUAUCUUUCCACUAAAAGUAGGAAGUGUAACUGCUCUGCCAGUAUGCAAGUGUAAGUGAGCAAUUUGAUAUCAGGUACAGUAUAAAAAUCGAAGUAUACAUUCUUCGCCAGAACUGCAUUUUUAUUAGUGAUUGUGUUGAUUUAGAAACUGCCUGAAGUGGUUUUAGGCAGCAUACUCUAAUGGAGCUGAUGCAGAUUAUGCUCCUUGAAGUGGUGAUCAGCUUGAUUUGAUCAGCUGGAUACUGAAGAUAGCGAUUGUGAACUGAUACAUCAUAUAAUACAACAUGGUGCCCCCUGUUUAAAAUGUUUUAAACUUUCCCACUGCCUUUUGCCAACAAAACUGUAAAUAAAAACUAUCAACUUUGAAA